AUUCUUUUUCUUUCCUUAACCCCUUCGUUGAUCCUCAUUCAACUCCAUCCAUUCCUUCUUUCCUUCCUCCUUUCCUUUCUUCCUUCUCCCUUCUUCCUUCGCUCCAAGGAAAGAUCCACAGUCAACCACAGUACCCUUUCACUCGUGUCGUUCACUCCUUCGGCUUCUUCACCGCCGCUUUUUUCAAAUAGUCUACACACGUAUCCAAAGCGCCACUAUUUCUUCCUCAACUUCUUCGAUCUUUUCUACAAGACUCAGACACCAAGCAUGCUAGCGGGGGACCGUCCUCUGCCUUCCAAGACCACGAGCCGUAACAGCUUCCAUGGCGAGCCUAGUCCUGUCUCGAGCCAUGAUCAUACCAGAGUCAAGGCCAAGAGACUGACCCAUCAGCCCUUUACCGCCCAAAGCCCCUUCGGCUCAGCUCCACCACCCUCCUCGCAGUCGCAGCUCCAGCAGACCCCUGUCCAUUCGGGACAUCGACCGGUAUCCACAGCAUCAGGAGCACGACUAUCUACGUCGUCUGAAUCUGCGCUCGCAAAGGAGAAAGAGUUCAUGGCCAACACCAGAAUCCUGGCUAUGUCCAAUUUGAUCGACUCCUUCACCUCGGCCUCACACCAUACCAAGCAGGGAUGCUACAGCAAACAGCUCAAAAUCAUCGGCACAGCUUCGACGUCUCCCUCAGUAACAGGAGCAGAACUGGAUUUGACAGUAAAAAUCCACGUCAUUGAAAACACAUGGACAACAUGUCCGUUGCUACCGUCCUCGACCAUCCUUCACCGCUGGAAGGUCACGCACCUCGGCACGUCCAGCCAGGCCGACAGCGGUUCCGUACUUGAGGAUAUUGCAUCCGACCUUGUGUACUCCAAGGACGACAAGGAUUCCUCGUGGGUCCAUUCAAUGGAAAGGACAGAGACAAUCUCGCCAGCGCCUUCACCUACAUACGAUCAGCAAUCGAGGCGGCCACUUUCGACAUCCUCCGUAUCGUCCUUCUCAGCAACUAUUCGCGCGCCGCGGACACACGUGGCAGUUCUGUCGAAUGCUCUUUGCUUCGUCGCUAACAGGGCAGGUGAUUACCUUGUGCAGUUAUCAAUACAUAUCCCAUUCGUGGAAAGUACAGGUUCUCGGGGCAUUCAUCUUUCCCUUAUCCCAAAGUGCCGAAGCAACUUUAUCAAAUUCCGGGUUCAACCUGACGGAACGACAGAUAAGGACGAAGGAGACUUGGUGAAGGAUGUCGAUACAGUAAAUAACCAAGGAGUGCCCAAGGAGAUCACUAAGGAUGCCAGCAACGGGUUCGAAUUCAACAUAUAUCCAGAAGUUGUGUCCUUGGACGAGGCUCACCUGAACCCAGAUUCGGACGAGGAUGCACAAUUCUGGCUGGAAGCACAGGAGCUUAUGGUGGGGCGGGAUCAGUUUGUUGGAAAGCUGGUGGCAAGCGACGGAAACAAAAAGACAGCUACAUUAUCCGAAUCAUCAACAGAUGAGUCGAUGCAGAGACAGGGUGAUGCAGCUGCAAAAAGCAGGUUUGAAAUCGCAGGAUGUUUCACGCCGAGCUCGUCCUUGCAUGUGUCCUGGAUAUCUCAAGGUGCCACGGAUUUCGUCCAGAGUGUUGAGCAAGAGUUGACAGUUCACAUUAUGGGCCUCCCUGAUCAAACAAAGUCAUCGGCACUGUUGCAGCAUCGUAAGAGAAAGGACCCAGAAGACAGCCACGCGAUUGACCAUACGGACCAGGAGGAGGAUCCGGUGGAGUACGAGCAUCUCGAAAUGGACGACGGCGAUUUGAUUAUCACAGUCGAUAACACAAUGGCGGUCAAUAUCCAGAAGUUGGGGUGGAAGCAACCAUUCAUGGAUCUCACCAUUCACAUCUCCGACAAUCUGUCCGGACAGAGCAACGACAUAACGCUUCUUGACAUCAGCGGUGAUGCCGUACAGAAUUGGGAAGCCGUUGAAGCGAUUCAGUCCGAUAAUCUGGGACAAUCAUCUGCCCUUGAACUCGAUAAUCUGGACAAGGAACCCGUCGCAGACCCUGGAUCACAUUCGCCUUCAAUAUAUCGAGUUUGGCUCUUUGCAGGUACUGAGGGUAUGGUGGAUAUUCAUGUCAGCAUUUGUGUUGCACAGGCUGUGUCUGUUGGCUAUGGCAAAGAUAUUACCUGUCUCAUCCCCAGGUUCCAGGUCCAAGGCGUGAGUGAGGACAAGGGUCGAAUCCACGUUCACACAAACAACGAUCUUGUUGUUCAGCGGUGCAUCGCUCGCAAUGUGGAGUCAUCCCCGCUUGACAGCCACUCUCCGCUCGACGACGGGUCAUCAACAAGACAUCAGCCUGUUUUACAUUUCCAUUACCAAUCCUUCGAAUAUCGGCUUGCGGUUAUUGCUCAACGAUACCAGGCAUUGGCUCGAAUCGCUAGGAUCGAACGAGUCCGGGCAGAAAUCGGUGUCAGCAGCCAGCAACAGCCAGGGUUUGCAAGGAUUGUGCUCUCGAACAUUGUGUUGCCGCAACAGGAUGAUCCCUAUCUUCGGGUAUAUCAACUUGACGGCGCAGAAGUUUGGAGUGUGCUCGUGAAUGGAAAGCCGUGCUUAAAAUCGAUACAGUUUACGGAUCGGAAAUCUGCAGGACAGCGGACAGUCCUGAUUCCUAUCGAGGAGUCUGUAGAGAGCGAGAGCCCACAUCAGGUCGAGAUCAGCUAUGGGUUCAACACGCUCGACCGUGAACAUGAGGAGGAUCUGGACGAGGAGGCUGUGAUGUCGACGAUCAAGCUGGUUGUCCCUGGAUUUAGUCUACCAGUGGGUGAAUAUGUGGUCGUCGCUAACUUGCCUAAGCUAGACGAAGAUAUGGACUACGGUGAGCCAUCAGGAGAUUUUGAGAUUACGUCGAGGGUUGGUUUAGUAGGCCAGCGAAAAACCAUCACAUAUGGUGCGUAUAUGACCCUCGGUCGACCCAAGCUCUCUAUCAAGACCGUCAAGGGUGCAGUCCGGACUCGCGUAGAACAGGACCAGCAUACGGAAUCAACAAGAAUGGCUGAUCAAAACUCGACUACCCAGCUGGAGCAGAUUGGCAGGAGUAACGUUCAUGCAUCUGUGGUUGUCCAUGACCCUCAACAACCGCCGUUCAAUGCCGGGAUUGCCACCGCACAGCAGGCCAGUCAGAGACAUCCACAACAGCCUCUGGAGCUGCAGAACCCCCAGGCAGAGCAGGGACUUGAUGGAGAGAUUCUUCCUAUAUUAAGCGCGCGAGCGAAUGGUGGGGCUGAGGGUGGAGCUGGAGUGGGACCAGGACAGACAUCGAAUCUCUCGCCGCAGGUUGGAUCACCGGCUCUGUUGCAAUCGGGCGGUCGGAUGGCAUUCUCUACUCGCGAGCCGUUCUUUUUGAAGACACUAUCGUUUGCACAGAUGCAACAUCUGGUCAGAAUGUGGUGGAAACAGAUCAUGGCACCGGUGGCAGCUCUGGCUUUAGUAAUCAUGAUCAUCAACGUUGCAGCGUUCCAGGAUACGAAAUCGACGUCGCUAGAUCUGGUGAAUAUACCGGCCUGGCGACGGCCAUUUGCUGUGAUUGGGCGGCUAUGGCAUGAUUCUUCUGUUACACAGAGGUAUUUGACGAGCAAUGGCGAGUUUGAUGGGUUUAUGGACGACCUUAUCUUUUCGGAGAAGACUGUAACAGUUGCAGAGCCAGGUCCAGUGAAGACGAUGCCAAUUGAGGAGGACGCACCAGCGAUAGAAGCAACACAGGAGCUGGAGGCUCUACCACGACCCGAUGGAGGUCAUGAAGAUCAGCUUAGCGCAGAUGACCAGGAAGAGGAUAAGGGCGAAGAGGAUGGUACGCGGCCAGAAUCCGCUGGACUGAUGAAGUUAAUUGAAACCCUGAAACGUAUUGCAAAUGGCUUCAAGUCCUGAGACUGGUGUCGAACCAAGGCAGCAAGGAGUAAAGAGGGGUUUGUUGCUUGCUUGAACGUAUUGUCUCCGUUCACUCUUUCGUUUACUUUGCACAUUGCCCUAUUUGCACCAACACAACCAAUAAAAAGCGGUGCCUGGAUUUGCCUCCCCACGUGGCACAGAAAUG